GUUUGUGAAGGAAGACUAAAGAGCUUUCAGCACGUGAAUAGCGCAUGCGUAGAAACAAAACUCUCAAACUACAACCCAGAGAAGGUGGGGGACUGAAAAUGACCAUUUGCUGUCAGGAUUCUUUCCUCAGCUCCCUAACCUACAUCCAUCCUUGGAGUCUCUCUCCAGGCAGUGUUCACAUGCUCAGAACUUUAGCUGGGCAGAGCUGGUUAAGCAAACAAACCCAGUCAUUUGAAUGCAAUGAUUAACAGGAAGCCGGGGAAGCAGGCACAGUUACCACCGGCCUUCCACUAGAAGAGGCUUGGCUCAGAGCUCCAGAGCGAUGUAUCGCCGGAAGGUCACCGAUAGUGAUUUCCCUGUGGGGACGCGUAGGGUCAGUGACCCCAGGCUUCUCCCUGGGGUGGGGCAUUUUUGUGUAGUAAUUAAUUGGAUUUUUGUGUAGUAGUUGGUUGUAAGUUGGUUGGAGGCUGAGCAACGGAGCUGCUAAGAAGUCUGUCAAUGAAAAAUGAAAAUAUAAGCAAGCUAGGAAGAGGGAAGAGGAAAAGAGAAAGGACCAAGACAUUACACGCUGCUCAUUAGAGCCACAGCCAGGAGGGAUGACGUCUGGACUUGGAGAAAAUGUAAGUUGAAAGACACGCCUCUCCAAUCCUGUCUGUAAAGACAUUUUGCUUGUUUCCUGGCUUUAGACGAUGGGCUCCUGGAACUACCGGCGUCUUUUUAGCCUGUCUGUUUUUGUUGCCUUGAUGUUUGUAUUUAUUUACAACAGCAAAUUGUGGAAGAACAAUCACUUCCCAAGGGUGAUUCCCAACGCUUCCGUCUUAGCAGAAGUCUGUUUUCAGAUAGUGAGUGAGGAGAAUUUUUACCCAGCGUACAGCCCGAGGACAACGACCCUGGAAAACUUCACCUGUUCCCAGUACAGGCUUCAAAACCACUACAUAACAGAAACUCUCUCGGAAGAAGAAGCUGGCUUCCCUUUGGCUUUCAUAAUGACUGUCCACAAAGAUUUUGACACCUUUGAAAGGCUCUUCAGGGCGAUUUACAUGCCCCAGAAUGUCUACUGUGUGCACGUGGAUAAGAAGGCAUCAGAGACUUUUAAAGAUGCCGUCCAGCAGUUACUAAGCUGCUUCCCCAAUGCCUUCCUGGCCUCUAAGACAGAGGCCGUGGUCUAUGCUGGCUUCUCCCGGCUCCAGGCUGACCUGAACUGCAUGGAAGAUCUGGUGGCCUCUGAGGUCCCCUGGAAGUUUGUCCUCAACACCUGCGGGCAGGACUUUCCCCUGAAAACCAACAGGGAAAUAGUUCAGUACCUGAAAGGGUUUAUUGGGAAGAAUCUCACCCCAGGGGUGCUGCCUCCUGCUCAUGCCAUCGGUAGGACCAAGUACAUCCACCAGGAACAAUUAAACGCUAAAAAUCCCUACGUGCGCUUUACGCCGAAAUUAAAAACUCCUGCUCCUCACAAUAUGACCAUUUAUUUUGGCACUGCCUAUGUGGCUCUCACCCGUGAGUUUGCUAACUUUGUCCUCAAAGAUCAGCGUUCACUGAACUUACUCUCCUGGUCCAAGGACACUUACAGUCCUGACGAGCAUUUCUGGGUGACACUUAAUAGGAUUCCCGGGCACGCGUGGGUUCCAAGUUCAAUUCCCAGCAUCUACAUCAGGCAGCUUACAACUGCUUGUGACUCCAACUCCAGGGGAAGACACUAACCUCAGGUGCAUGCACAUGUACAGACAUAUACAGACAUGCACACAUGUGCAUGCAAAUAAUAAAAAUAUUUUUAAAAAAGA